AUGAAGCCUCGCCCCUUCCUGGUCUUUCGGGCCUUGUGGUUCUUGAUCUUCCUGGGGCACUUGUGCGCUGACAUCGUUCAGCAGUGCCUCGAUGGGGAGAUUUGGGCCUACUUGCUGGGAUUGAACCGAUGGAGCUUGCUGCUGCAAGUCGCAGACCAGGGCUGCUUGCUGCCGGAGCCUCCGAGUCGCGAAGAGGGCAUGGCCCGACUGGUUGAGCCCAUGGCGAGCCCGCCCGCGCUGGCCGAGGACCGCGCUCGGAGCCCAUCUCGACGGUUCCAGAUUCCCAGGGCCUUGACCUGCUGGAGGAGGUACUGCGACUUCCUGGCGGAUCCUGGCGUCAAGUGCCCGCGAUGUUGGCGAGUGGCGCAGCACUGCUGCUGUGAGUCCAUGCGCCCUGUGCAGCUGCGCCCGCGGAUCCUCGUGCUGUUCCACCAUGAGGAGCUCGGACAACAUUCAGCCACCAACACAGCAGUGCUGCUGACUCUGGCGGGCCUGCUGAUUGGGCGAUGGGUGCACCGCGAAGGGACUUUGAUUCCAUUUGAGGGGGCAUGA